GAAACUGAUCUGAGUCUCUCUUUCGUCUGUCUUUGUGAGAGUGAACAACCGUCCAAAUGGCUCAACAGGGAGUUCUGCUGGACCAGGACCAGUUCUGUUGUUCUGUCUGUCUGGAUCUACUGAAGGAGCCGGUCACUACUAUCUGUGGACACAGUUACUGUAGGAGCUGUAUUGAGGGCUGCUGGGAUCAGGAUGUUCUGAAAGGGGUCUAUAGCUGUCCUCAGUGCAGAGAGACCUUCACUCCAAGGCCUAAUCUGAGGAAAAAUAACAUGUUGGCUGAGCUGGUGGAGAAACUGAAGAAGACAGGACUCCAGGCUGCUCCCCCUCCUGCUCUGUGCUAUGCUGGACCUGGAGAUGUGGCGUGUGAUUUCUGCACUGGGACCAGAAAGCAGAAAGCCCUCAUGUCCUGUCUGGCGUGUCUGGCCUCUUACUGUGAGACUCACCUCCAACCUCACUAUGAAUUUCCUCCUUUGAAGAAGCACAAGCUGGUCAAAGCCACGGCACAACUACAGGAGAAGAUCUGCUCUCAUCAUGACAAACUGCUGGAGGUUUACUGUCGUACCGAUCAGCAGUGUAUCUGUUAUCUGUGUACAAUGGAUGAACAUAAAGGCCAUGAUACAGUGUCAGCUGCAGCAGAGAGGACUGAGAAACAGAGGCAGCUGGGGAUGAGUCAGCAGAAGGUCCAGCAGAGAUUCCAGGAGAGAGAGAAGGAGCUGAAGGAGCUCCAACAGGCUGUGGAGUCUUUCAAGGAUGCCCGGCAUCAGAACAUCCCAGGCAUUCCUGUGAUUGGCAGAUAGCAGGUUGAUUGGC